CUAAAAGAGCAAAAGAGUUGUCAACAAAAGACGUUUUUCGUUUACGGCAAAGAAGUGUUUUCGGAUAAAAAAAUCCAUGAAAAAACGUCGGAUUCCCGUGGGAGCUUCAACAGAGUGAAGUGUACGUAAGUUUCAGUUUCGCAGUCCUUUAUGAAAUUAUGAAGAGGCGAAAUGCGGACUUGGCUAAGAUGAGAAGACCCAUGAAAAGGAACAAAAUCACGGAAGGUCUAUACGGAAGCACCCUUCUUUACUUAAAGUUCCUGGUCCUGUGGAUCUUGGUGAUACUAGCGGACUACCUGCUCGAGUUCCGCUUCGAGUUCUUAUGGCCGUUUUACCUACUGCUGCGCUCGGUUUACGACUCCUUUAAAUACCAGGGUUUUGCUUUCUCCGUUUUCUUCGUCCUGGUCUCGCUCACUUCCGACAUGCUUUGCUACUUCUUCAUACCUGUGCAUUGGCUCUUUUUCGCCGCCAGCACUUAUGUGUGGGUACAGUAUGUUUGGCACACAGAUAAAGGGAUUUGUGCUCCCACAGUGGUGCUCUGGAUCCUUUUCGUUUAUCUAGAAGCAGCCAUUAGACUAAGAGACGUGAAACACUUACCGGGUCACGUGGACCUGUGCAGGCCCUUUGCCGCACAUUGCAUAGGCUAUCCUAUAGUGACCCUAGGGUUUGGCUUCAAGUCCUAUGUGGGAUAUAGGAUGCGAUUGCGAAAGCAGCAGCAUGUGGCCAAAGAAAACAUGUUCUACAUGCAGCUGAUGCAGCAGGCGCUGCCCGUAGAGACGGCGCCUCCUGAUCCACCGGCCGUAACGGGCGGGGUGGAUCAGGGGGCCACUCAAAGUGCUCCAAAUGCGCAGCCACAACAGCAGGCGAACGCCGUCGCGGCGCCUGCCCCUAACGUUGUACAAAAUAGUAAUCAUAAGAUUCAUAACCAUAGUCAUAAGGAUAAAAACGGUCAUAUACCGAACGGCACGAUACCGAACGGCGUCCACAGUAACACUAGAUCUCAUAAAAAAACUUCGCUGGCGGACAAAGCGGAUCAUCACGACAAUCGUCACACAGAAAAACACAUAGAGAGACAAAACAAGAUAAACCAUUCACAUACAAACGGCUCAUUGGUUGAUUUCCACGAGGAAACGAUCGAACCGGAGCCGCGACAAACCUCGAAACGUAAAGAGAGACGCGAGCAAGAAAAAGACAGGGAGGCGCACGAGUACCUGCAAAAAUUAGAGACUGAAAACAGGCGGCUCAGGAACGACCUGGUUCAAUGUCGAAACAGCGAGCAAGAGUUGAGGAUACAAGUCGCCGCUUUGACCACAAGCGAAAAAUCGUCGAGGUCGGAGAUGUCGCAUCUACAACGACAAAUCGACGAUCUUCAGGAGCGGGUGCAGGGAGCGCACGCCGCCCGUCAAUCGGAUAAACAGACAAUUGGACAGUUGGAGAGGCGGAUGCAGGACGAGCGUAGGUUACGUCUUUCCCUGGAGUCGCAACUCAACCAGGAGAAGAAGAAUCGGAAGCAGGAUGAGGCAAGGCUUGCACAGCUAACGGCGCAGCAGUCUUCCAGAACGGAGUGCACCGAUUUAUGUAAAUCGCACCGGCAAAAACUCGAGAACGAGUUGACCGAAUGUCGGCAGGCCCAUCGAUGGUCUGAAGACAGGUAUAAAUCUCUCGACUUGGAAAAACAAGAUUUGCUGGAGAAGGCGCGUAAGUCGGAAUUCCUUAUGGAGGCGCUCACGACGGUCCAAGAGAAAAAUACGCAUUUACAAAACGCCCUGUCGGCGGAAACAAGGAUUAAGUUGGACCUGUUUAGUGCACUCGGGGACGCCAAAAGGCACCUGGAGAUCAGUCAAAGUGCGAAUCGAGCGCAAGAAAAAGAAAUCGACGAGCUAAAAAGCAAAAUCGCGCAGGUGCUCGCGGUGAUGCCGAACGACACGUUCGGGACGGGGCCGGGAGGGUCCUCGAGUCCCGUCAGCGGCGGGGGAACGCAUCACCACGUGUCCCGUGUCCGAUUGGCCGAGAGCCCGCCCGCCUCCCUCUCGAAACUCGACCCAAAUGCCACGGCCUACACGCCUAAAAACCCGAACGGGACACUCGUCGCUUCUACAGAGGCCUGAACACGUUUUUUUUUUUGGUUGGAUUUCGACCCGUUUUUAAUUUCCCGAUCCCAUCCCCCCUCACUUCCUCUUUUUAAUUCGUAUUGAAAACGAUGUCGAGUUUUGUUUGUCCAGGGACGACCGGGCUCUGUAGAAUAUUGUUUUUUUUGUGCUCAUGCUCAUGCCUUUUGAGUUCAGUUUUUUUUUUAGUGAGAAAGGGUGGGGUUUGAUCGACUGUUGGGGAGGGGGGUGUUUUUUCGGUAUUCCUGUGAGAGGCUUCAUUUAAACACUCUAGAUUCUUGUACUAAAGAUUCAAGCAAUGUAUGCGGUUGUUUUUUAUGUUUGCACCCACCUACAGGGAAUACCAUAAAGAUUUUUUUUUUUUUAAACAAACAUACAUUGGUUUUUUCUCGAUUAUCGAAAUAAAAAAGUCAAGCGUCCUUUUCAAUGGAAUUGAUAUUAUUGAUUUUCAAUAUGACAGUCAUAAGCUUCAAUAAACAUAAAAUAGAUUUUUCUGGUUUCCUCAUUCCAUUGGAAAUAAAAUCUGGAUAAUCACUGUUGAGAACAAAAUAUUUAUUUCCACUUUUUUGGGAUAUUUCCAUAGGAAAAUAUCUCGAGGACUUAAAUCAGCGCUAUUUGCCAGCAUCUCCAUGUCUGCCUACCCAAAGAUCAUCAUCUAAUUCCUUGGCAAGUCGAUACAUUUUCCAAGAGUACUAAAUUAAAGUUAAUUAUUCAUUCUCCUCGUUAAAAAAAAAAACUAAUGGUUUUAGUAACUGGGUUAUCCUGGAAUACACACCACACAUGCUCCUGUAUUUUUAGAGAUUAUAUUUUCUAAUGCAUCCUCUUUCAUGCCGUCUAAAUCCUUUUAAAAGUAAUUUUCCUUAAAUGCAAUAAAUUCGAAUAUAUGCUCACAAUAUUAACUUUUGAGUUCUGCACUGGCAUAAAUUUGUAGGGGCGAUAUUUCUGUGACUCUUGUAAAUACAUUUCAGAGUUUUUAAAUCGAAAUUUUAAUAAAGACAUGUUUUACACAUUAAGAUAAUAAUUAUAACUUAUUAGGAUAAUAAUGAGACCAUCAAGAAAAUGACACCCUCGCCCGUAAGCCAACCUUUCCAAAAUAGAAACCACAAAAUAUCACAUUGACUUUUAUGCAAUCGACGGCAAAAUGUAAAUACAAUAGAAAAAACCAGCGGCAUUCAAAAAUGUGUGUUUAAUAAGCUAGAGCUUGGAUUAUUCAAAAAUGGCUUAACAUACUACAUAUUCAAAAUAAAAAUAUAUUUCGUCACUUGUUAUUGUCCAAAGAUAAAAAGUAGAAGUCAAUCAACAUUUUUAAAUUUUUGUUUUUUUCUUCUAAUGCUUCAUGGUAACCGCCUGUACAUAGAGGUGCGAAAAUGAAAAAUAAUCCUGUACUUACAUAAUAGUACUUUUAAAGCGUAUCUCAUUACUAUUAAAAUACACCGUUUCGAAUAUUUAAAUCAAGAUAUAUUACAAUUACUUUAAGACCAAAACUUCCCUAAAUAAUCUUAAAAUAAGAUUCUAAGGACCUACGUUUUUAAAGAAUUCAUUUUUUUAUAAUACUGUAGUCUUAAGGAAAAAGGUCUCAAAACCCACCUAAAACUCCAUAAUCUAUAUCUACGGCAAUAUUCCAGGUUACCGCAAAAGCAUCCUCCCCACAACCAACGUAACGCUUUACUACUAAUAACCAAAAAAAAAUGAAAAAAAUCUUGUUUGAAUAGCGGUUAUUUAUUUGUUUCGAAACUUAUUUGAACAAGACGGUGUACAGUGUAAAAACAACAAACAAUUCUUGCCGAUAUGGGUUUUACGCAUACGCGUAAUAUUAAUAUAUUAACUUUAUACCAUAAUUUUUUUUUGGAAAAUUAAACGUAUUUCGGGGGUGCAACUGUACGUUCGCACCCCGAGAGUUAUCUGUCGUCCAACAAGGGCAGUAUUAAAACCCCCGAAAGUGUUCAGUUUUUAUUCUUUUUUUUUUAAUUUGCUAGUGAUGCUCGUUUGUUUUAGUAGGAUGGUUUGGUUAUUGGAACGCGUUAUGGGUCAAGGAGUUUUUCUGUUUAUUUGACGAAGCUGUUUAUGAGUUUAUAACGGUUUUUAGAGAGAGUGUAUUACUGUAGAUUCUCUUAAAUAAAUCCGGACCAAAAAUGUAAUUUUUUAAGGAGAAGUUUGAAUAAAAAAAUGUAAUUCUACAUGGAAAAGGGGCAACAUUUUUCACAGGACAUUCCCAAAUUAUUAAAAAUUCAAUUUAUUCACAAGAGCAAAAGUCUUAACUUUCUGGAUACCCCCGUGUAUACAUACCUCUGUGUGUACAUAAAAAAAAAACAAUGAACAAAUACACUUCUUUUCUUAAUUUUUAUUUUUGUGAUAUUUUUUGUAGGGUGGAGGAGGGUAAUAAGGCUCACUGAAUAAAAAUAUAAACGCACAUAUUGUUUAAUAAUAUACAAAACAAACAUUCAUGAAAAUCGUAGAAAAAACAAUUUCUAUGUAUCAAAAAAUUAAACUGAGCUUUAUUUUUCGAAUGAGCUGAUAAUAAGAAAAAAAAGAAUUUAUUUGGAACAUAUGGGGCAUAUGAACUCAUCGUCGUCAUCAAGAGCCAAGUUACAACAUUCUUCGCCAACACAAAUUCGACACAGUAGUUGUUGAGCAGUUUGACAAAAGUAACAAAACCACGGACCCAAUUCUUUGUUUUUGGGAGUUUUUCACCUAUACUAGUGAUUUACAGUUCUAAACAAAUCUUAAGUAACGCGUUGUUUUAUAAUUAAAAGCUGAUUUUAUUACGAUUUUUCUGACAAAUCGGGACUCUUCAGGAGUAUGAACGAAAUUUUCUUAUGGCCUGACUUUUGUCCUUGUCUCUUACUUUGAGAUUGUUUCAAACCUAGUGGUUGCGUUUCUGAUAAUUGCUGCUUAUGAUUUAAUCGUAGCCUUAUAAUUUAUUUCGACAGUUUUUUAACUUAGCUUCAGACAAUCAGCAACAAAUAAAUUCCAAUUUAAUUGGAACUAAAACAACAAUCUAACCUCACAUUACUAGAAACAAAUAGCUUACCAAACUGUCUUUCAGAUUAAGAAUACUUUAUAAUUGGAGCUGUAUUGUAAGUCCUUUCCUUAAUAUAAUUUUUAAAAUGUCUUCACACGAUAUCCUUUUGCACACAAAAUUAUUUAAAACAUCACACAUGCUUCGAAUGCAUGGUCCAGUUGGAUUUGAUCCGACUUAUACAGAUAACUUAACGGCGGCAAAGCAAAUUCGACAGAUUUCAGGCCGCAAAUUUAAAUAUGUAGCUUAUUUAUCUAUACCUACAGAGUUUGCCUUAAGUAUUAAGAGAAAAAACGUUUUAUUUUUUAAAUAAAAGUUGACUGGCUUCUUUUCGAUCAUCUUUUGGAAUUAGACCCCGAAAAACAACCGCUUUAAGCACUAAGUUUAAAUAUUUUUCAAUAGAACACCUUGUAUAUUUUUUUCCAAAACGAAAGAUGUUUUUUUUACUGUUAAAAAUAGGUAGUGCGUCAACAUUUCGUUAAAGGUAGCAAAUAAAAUCUAGUCUCCCUCCAUAGUAAGCAAAUGUAGAUUAUUAACAUGUUUCGAAGAUAAAGAUGCCAAACAUAUCCGCAUCCCUUUUUUUGAAAAGAUCUAUAUAAAAGUCAGGUCCUGACUUUCAUAUGCUGAUGAUCUUGAAUGAAGUGGCUCUACUUCUGGUGAUUAUUCUUCAACAGAUGGGUGGAUGGGGAUAGCCUUUUAGCCACUUCAGCUAAUCACUCUUUUUCGCCUAGCAUUUCAUUAUAAACUAAACCAUCUAUUAAAUUCCACGAAGAAUUGAGGAUAUGCAAAUAGACGCACAUAUCCACUGCAAUGGCAUCAAGCAAAUAGCGAGUUUCAGCUCCAACUUUAGCGUAGUGGUCCUGUCCAGAAUGAAAACUCGUCUCAAGGUAGAACCAGGCGGAUGUAGCACGUCGCCAAUACCUCCAAGGUGACAAUUAAAUUCUUGUUGGCAUUUCGAAUCCGUCAUGGUGGGUGAUUAAUAAAGAUGAGGUCAAUACCUUUGUUUGCUUGGUACGUUUCACGUCUAGAAAUGGGUUGUAUCCUUAAUUAGAGAAAGUAAGUCGGCUCAUGCCACUGUAGCUGAUACUCAUCCAUUGGGAAAGUGAGGGCCUUGUUCACAAACCUAGAUAUUUUAUAUGUGGACUUCCGUUCUUCACUAAUAUAGAUCUAACUGGUUACAUAUUUGCCGUUAAAUUGAUUAAUUACAGCUAGUAGUCGGCCUUUAAUUUUGAAUAUAUACUUAAAAAAUUAAAUGUAUGCCAAAAAUAUAUAGGGUGUUUUAAUAAAAAAUAACUUAAUAAAUGUAUUAGUAAAGACCCAAUUUAAAUUCUUCAUAAAUCUAAUUAUUGCUUUUGUAGAAUUUGUGUUUCUUGACCGAUAACGCCAAUCAUGAACCGAACCGUUGUGAACUGAAAAUUUAACAAUUUCUAGUCUUCGCUAAUGAAAACUCCUUUAUUUAGUUUAAGAUUGAUUAUCUAUUUUUUUAUAAUGUUGUAAAUACUUUGGUAAAUAAAAAUCGCUGACGAGCGAUUGACAAUCUAAUUUUUUCAAACUGGCUAGUUAUAUCCCAGUGGUUUGUUUAUUAUGGAAUUUCCCUAAAAAUAAAAGUGCCGUUUUUUAAGAAAAAAAAAACACUGGCAAAACCGACCGAUAAUUAUUCCGAGUGAUGGCUCUCUAAGACUAAAAAAACGGAUUAAUGCCAGUGUUGCUACCUUUAUUUUUGUACUGUUAAUCUCAUUUGUUGUGAUAUAGUAAGGGUUUGGGUUAGUUUUUAAAAUCUUUUUAAGGAUGUAAUUUUUUUGUUUUAUGGGUUACAGACAAUUUAAUUGUUUUCUGACCAGAGUCACUACAGAGCACAAUGUAGGUAAAAUUAUAUACCAGGGGUUUGCUGCUGCUAUUCAGUUGGUAUUGAUCUCUCCGUUUUCCUUUUUUUUAUUCAUACUCAUUGCUACUGUCAAGUCCAAAAUGUGGAUCUCUUGUUAACGCAUUUCUUUAUUUUCCUUUUUAAGAAUGAAAGUUUAAGUUCCUUUAAAUAUUUAGUAUAAAAUGUUUUUCGUUUAUUAUUAUAUUGGGUUUUUUUCGAACGAAAAAUGUAACAACUCGACGCGUUGUACCGAGAGCGAGAAAUAACAUGCAGUCGACAUACACACUGUACUUAAUAUAUUUUUUUAUUGUUUUGAAGUUGA